GGUGAAAGCAAGAAUAAUAGAAAGAAUUAUAAAAAUUAAAUUUUUCGCAAUAUCAGUUCGAUAAUAUCUACACAAAUCUAAAUUUAGUAAAUAUAUUCUUAAUAAGAUGGAUAUAAAUGUGCUAGGCGCACUAAAAAUAUAUUAGCAUUUAUAUCCUAAAUAUACUAUCUGGCUUAAUGAGAAUUUGAAAACCAAAGCGGAAGUUCAUAAAUAGAGAUAAGAACAUAAUUUUUAUUCUGACGACACAGCAACAGCCAACUCAUAUACAGCAACAGUUGCUGCUGCAAUAUCUUGCAUGGCUUUUUGGAAAAGCAAUCGUUUUAGCUAUUUAAAUUACUAAAAUCACUGUUGUACUCGGAGGCUUGGGGGUGGUGCAUGCCAAGCAGAAUAAACAUGACUUCAGCCGUGGAUAUACAAAUUGGUUCGGCACCCAAUUUGAAUAAAAUCGAAAAUUUCUUCAAAGAUGUCUCGUAUCGUGAAACAAUUGAGUUCAGUGCUAAUUUUAACACGCGUUUGUGCUUAGAACGGCGCCUCCGCUUACCAUUUUUCGAUCCACAAACUCGCGUUGCCCAAAGUCAUUCACAUCUAUUUAUGGACAAAGGGCAACGAAUGCCGGGCUUUCGUCAAGGGCAAAUAUAUACAUAUCCGUCAACACGUUGGCGUAAAAGCCGGCGACAGUAUCUAAAUAAAAUGUAUAGGUUUCCCGAUCGGCCAUUUCAAGCCUUGCGCAAGGAGCAUGAAGCACUUUCAGUUACUGGCACAGCAUCGCCAUUAGUCAGUUCCAGUAUUGCGUCGACGCUCGAUUCUGAUAUAAAUGGCACACUGCUUGAUGAAUCGUUAUCAUUGGGCGCCGCUGGUGGCGAUACAUCCGAUAGUAAAGAUAGUCAGCAACUUGUUAUGCAACAACAACAACAGACACAAGCUAUUAAGGAGGACAUGUCGAAAGAAUGGUUUUAUGAUGACAUUGAAAUGAAUGAGUUAGACGCAAUAGAAGAGCCCAAAUCGCCUGCCGAUGACGAAUUUGAUUAUGAUCCCCGUUAUGGCAGCAAAAAGCGACGAAAACGCCGUCCAUCUAAACGUGCCUCCACAGCUACCGCUGAGGGCGGUGGUGGUGCUGGCCGUCGUCGCGGUCAACGUGGGCGCACGUCAGCUGCUGCCGCCGCUGCUACUGCAGCUUUAUCUGAUGCCUCACUCUCCACAUUCGAUAUAAACGAUUGUAACAGCAGUAGCUUAACCGGUGAUAUUACAGCUACAUCGACCUCGACAACUAGCAGUGGUCGAAAACCGCGUGGCACUGGCGGCACACGAGGCCGACGCCGCACAAAAGCCAACACUUCAAAUAUCUGUGAUCCACCCAGCCCGGGUUUGAAUAGUGAACCACCGUCCUUCGAGAGUGCUGCAGCGCUAGUUGGUGUAAUGGGUGAUUUAACGGGUGUGAAUGUGAACGAUGAACAAGGUGAUUUAAGAAAUUAUCGCAAGUUUCUGUAACAAUUUGACAAGAAUGUGAACUGCGCGAAUAUGUGUGGUGUUGUAACGGAUGAAAAGGUUAAAUCCGAAGCGAAUUGUUUGUUGGAUAUUUAGUUGUUGUACACAUACCACUUCGUAAGACCACACAAUGCGACGUACCGUUUCGUAUCUUGUUGUCUGUUAGCGUGUUAUUUAUUCACAUAAGUUUACACUAUAAACCGCAUUUUUUCUAUUAUCUACAAAAUGCGCACAUUUUCGUUUGAAAACGAAAUUAUUAAGUUCUGCGCAAGAAGAACUCUACAGUACGGAAAUUUCGUUAAUUUAUUUACAAAUUUGUUUUUUUUUUUUCAACCCUCUAAAAUUUUUAUUAAAAUUUAUUAUUUAUAUGUAUGAUAUCAGACGCAUGCAUUUAAAAUGUAUACCAAAGCACAAGUAACCAUGAUUUAAAAAGGUAACGGUUAUUAUUUUUUGUUUUCCUUUGUCAUUGUUUAAUAUAAUCACUUGAAAUUUGCAAAUCGAUUAAAAUAGAAGAUGGAAUUCAAUUUCCCCUAAAGGUGGCUAUGCAAUGAUAGAUUUGUUGUUAUUUUUAUCACAAACAUAUAAGCUUGUUAUUAUACAUAUUUACACAUUUGCAGCAAUAAACUGAAUAGUAGAGCGCUACAUGCAUAUUUUUGUUGUUGUACGCAAUCCAAUAGCAUAUUCCAAUAGAAAAUUUUAUUUUUGUUACUUAAAUAUUCAACAACUACAAAAUAGUUAGCAAAAGAAAAUAUAUUUUGAUUUAAAUAUAUUAUCUAUGUGCAAAGUAAGUGCAUACGUUGUAUUUAAAUGGCAAGGAAUUGUUCAAAAAAUAUACAUUAAAACGGUUUCUAUUGUAUAAACUACACUUGUAGAUAUGUAUGUAUGUAUAUGUAAAAUAUCUACAAUUUUCUGAAUAUAUUUACAUAAGCGCGCUAGGU